UUGUGGACGGAACCGGCGCCAUUUUUUCACUUUAGCGAUUGGCUUGGGGGAACGAACUAUUGGGAAUUGGCUCUGUUCGUUUCGUUUGCUAAUUGCAUUAAUCACAGAAUGACCUUACCAGAAUAACCUUUUAUUGCAAAGGUCUGUUUUGUACUCUGUUUUAUUUAAAUAAAACGCGCUAGCUAGUUGCUUGCGCUUUUGUGGCAGACACUCGUCGGUACCUAUCUGUUUAACGUUAGCAGGCUAGCGCUAACGCCACGGUUUAUACGUUGCUGUUCCGACAACAUCGUGUCUAGAAAGAAAGCCAGCUGUGUAACUUUGGUUGAAAAUUGACAAUCUGCGUCUUUAAUAAACACUUGGCUAAAUAUAUUUCAACACUAACUGGAUUUUGUUAAAGAGAUUUCUGGAAAAUGAGGGGAGGUUCUUCGUAUGGAGACAGAGACCGGGACCGAGACCGUGGACGCGACAGGGGCUCUCGUUUUGGAUCAAGUCGAGGUUCUCCCCCCAAAAAGUUUGGGAACCCAGGCGACCGACUGCGUAAGAAGAAGUGGGAUCUGGACGAGCUUCCCAAGUUUGAGAAGAACUUCUACACAGAACACCCUGAAGUGCAGCGCAUGAGUCAGUAUGAGGUGGAGGAGUUUCGCAGGAAGAAGGAGAUCACCAUUAGGGGGACUGGCUGCCCCAAGCCCGUCAUCAGCUUCAGCCAAGCACAGUUUCCCCAGUACGUGAUUGACGUGCUGAUGCAGCAAAACUUCAAGGAGCCCACGGCCAUCCAGGCUCAGGGCUUCCCCCUGGCGCUGAGCGGGCGGGACAUGGUGGGCAUCGCCCAGACCGGCUCGGGGAAGACGCUGUCGUAUCUCCUGCCUGCUAUUGUGCACAUCAACCACCAGCCCUACCUGGAGCGAGGCGACGGCCCCAUUUGCUUGGUCCUGGCCCCAACACGCGAGCUGGCCCAGCAGGUGCAGCAGGUGGCGUUUGACUACGGGAAGUCCUCUCGCAUCAAGAGCACCUGCGUUUAUGGUGGGGCCCCCAAAGGCCCCCAGAUCAGGGACCUGGAAAGAGGAGUGGAGAUUUGCAUUGCUACCCCGGGGCGUCUCAUCGACUUUCUGGAGGCGGGCAAGACCAACCUGCGGCGCUGCACCUACCUGGUGCUGGAUGAGGCCGACCGCAUGCUGGACAUGGGCUUUGAGCCGCAGAUCCGCAAGAUUGUCGACCAGAUCCGGCCAGAUCGGCAGACGCUGAUGUGGAGCGCCACCUGGCCCAAGGAGGUGCGGCAGCUGGCGGAGGACUUCCUGCGGGACUACGUGCAGAUCAACGUGGGCGCCCUGGAGCUCAGCGCCAACCACAACAUCCUGCAGAUCGUCGACGUCUGCAUGGAGAGCGAGAAGGACAACAAGCUGCUGCAGCUGAUGGAGGAGAUCAUGGCCGAGAAGGAGAACAAGACCAUCAUCUUCGUGGAGACGAAGAAGCGGUGUGACGACCUCACCCGCAGGAUGAGGCGGGACGGGUGGCCUGCCAUGUGUAUCCAUGGUGACAAAAGCCAACCAGAGAGAGACUGGGUACUGACUGAGUUCCGCAGCGGCAAAGCUCCCAUCCUCAUUGCUACUGACGUGGCCUCCCGCGGUCUGGAUGUGGAGGAUGUUAAGUUUGUCAUCAACUAUGACUACCCCAACUCCUCGGAGGACUACAUCCACCGGAUCGGCCGCACGGCCCGCAGCACCAACAAGGGCACGGCCUACACCUUCUUCACCCCCGGGAACCUGCGGCAGGCCCGCGAACUCAUCCGGGUCCUGGAGGAGGCCCGGCAGGCCAUCAACCCCAAGCUGCUCCAGCUGGUGGACUCUGGGCGUGGCGGCGGAGGAGGUGGUGGAGGUGGCCGUUCUCGUUUCCGUGGCAGCGGCUCCAACUCCAACAACCCCAAUUUGAUGUACCAGGACGAGUGUGACCGGCGCAUGCGCACGGUUGGCGGGGGGAACAGGGACACCCGGGGGGGCAGCAGCGGGGCCACAGGGGGGGGCAGCAGCACCAGCAGCAGCUUCAGCCGUGAUGGGAGGGGGGGAGGCGGAAGCCGUGACGGUGACCGGUCUUCCUCCUCCUCCUCUUCCUCCUACAGGGAUCGGGGCAGUAGGGAUAGCAGAAGCGGCGGGAGCUACAGUAAUGGCUCCACCUCCAGCUCCUCCUUCGGGGGUUUGGGAGAGCAGUAUCAGAGCUACAGCGGGGGGGCCGGGGGUGGGAGCAGUGGGGGCCAGUACAGCUCCAGGGGCGGGUCUCAGUCUGGGGGCACCACUUCCGGCGGAGGCAGUGGGGGGCAGGACCAGUCCGGUCAGCAGCAGGGACAGUUCGGCAACUUGAGCGGCAGGUCCAGCCAGCCCCCCCCUCCACCGUCGGGACCCCAGCCCCUGAUGGCCCAGCAGUUCUCCCCACCUCAGCCCAUGAUGGGGUUCAUGGGACAAGGUCCCUACCAGUUUGCACCCCCACCCCCACCUCCACCACCACCACCUAGAAAGUAAAUGCACACCCCCCCCCCUAACAUAAGGACAUAGAACAUCACUUUAGAACUGAUACGCAGCCAUGUGUGUGCAACAAUAUGAAGUGUAGAUAUAGGUAUGUCAGGUGAGGGGAUGUGGAAGGUAAGGUUUGUGUUUCAACAGGGAAUUUGGAGUAAUGGAAAUCGUCCUGCAACCACCCUUUUCACCUGUAGCUCAUUAGAAGUGUAUAUGUUUGUGUUAAAGGAGCUCAUCGUCAUUUUUUUCUCGCCUCCUUCUUCCCCUCAUCUCAGAGGAGGUAAAGGUCACAUGAGCAGGACUGGCUGAAAUCAGGAAUUACUGGAAGAUUAGGCUAAGAUUUUUUUGUAUGUUGAUUACGUGGGGUAAUAUGUUGUAUUUGAGUGUUUCACUAGUGGGUGAGGGUCCUGUGCCUGGAAAACAAUUUUCUAGUAGAUGCUGUACAACACUGGCACUGUUGGUACUGGAAGAUUGUAAGUCUUGCAUGACUUGGUUUGGGUGACCUCAUUGAGAAGGCGCCACUAAAUCUGAAACAUUUUUUCACCGUUUGGAUUAUUGCCCUGGAGAGGAUUAGUGCAGCCAAAGAGAAGUAAAGAAAAAAUAUCUCAUUUCAAUUAUUUUUUGUUCCAUCCAAUUGGAAAUAGAUCUCUAGUCUAGAAAUGUAUAAUUUACUGACGACGCCCAACUGUGAAGAUUUUUGGUUGUGCAUAUAUUUGAUUGUUUUCAGCUUUUGUCUUCAGAGACUUAGUGUAGUCCUUUAGUUUAUAUUUUUAUUUUCUUGUACAAAACCUUUUUUUUUUUUUUGCAGUGUGGGCCUUUUGUUGGAUAGAUUGCUUUAGCUGAUGGACAGUAUGCUAAUUUACCUUUUUGAUCAGUGGAAGAGGUAGGUGCAAGUUUGUUUAAAAAAACUUCUUCAGCUUGCUCACUUGUGAUAUCUAGUGUAGUUAAUGUUUUCUUUUUUUGCCAUAUAUAGGUAAUGCUGAAUGGCUAUUCGCUCUCGAGUGUGACAAUCGCACAGUGUUAACGUAGGGGUUUCUAUUUUCCAAAGGUAAUUUAAUUUAAUUGGUUUUUAAACUAGUAGAAUCUAAUCCGAUAUUUGCUGAAAAGAUUCAACUAUAUUAUGUUUUUAGAAUGGCAGCUUAGGGGAAACGUUUUGAAAUGCUGAACCGAAUCUGCUGUUAACAUGUAGGAAAUAGGGGGAAGGAAAAAAAACUUUAAACCCAAGGAAUACACAUUUGGUGAAGACAUCUUAUUUAAUCUAUUAUGACGAAUAGAUAUGACUUCCUUUUUGCAGUAAACGUUGGUCUUUUGGCAUGAAAAUUGCUGCCUUUAGAAGGAAUCCACUAGGUUGUAAAUAUCCUGCUUGGUUUUUGAUUAGUGUAAAAUUUAAUCUGAAGGGGCAUUUGGUAGUUGUAGUCAGUGGAUUUUUGUGACCAAUUUGGUAACCCCUGGAAAGUCUGUGCGAUGUCUCCUACUUAUUCUCUGUUUAACACCUCUAAGCAGUCCCAAAAGGAUGCUAGCUAAUAUUAGAUGAGCUUUGUGCAACUAAAAUGUGACUUUUUUCACUUUUUAUACGGUUUGGUUGUUUCAGGCUAAAUAAAGAUUCUGAACAUUA